GGGCGCGCUACUCUCGUGCGCAGCGUAGCGGAGCGUGACGUCUCCUGUCCGGUUCAGUCCCCCGCGGGGAGCAGCGGAGUGAGCGUCGUGCAGCUGACGGCGCUAUCGACGGACGCGGGCCCGAAGCGGGGAGGAAGUCAAGAUGGCGGCCGCUUCUGCGACUCCCGCGGCCCCGACGCCGUCGCGCAGGCGCUUCACCGUCGCCGAAGACAUCAUCCUUCUACAGGCAGUGGUGGCGAGGAACCCGCUGAGGAAUGCCGAUCAUUGGAACGAUGUGAUGGACUCGUUGUGCGCCGCGUCGCAGCGGGAUUUCAGCUUGCGCGGGACUCGAGAACGCUGCGAUCUUCUCCUGGGCUACUAUCACCAGAACGACGAUGCCAUCCUGCGCAAAUGCUCGACGGAGGAGCAGUACCGGAAGAAGGUGCAGCUCCUCAAGGCCGUUGCCGCCUUGGCCCAGGAGUGCGGCUACAGGCCCAAGGUCCUGCCCCGGAAGGCCCCUCCCGCGCGCCGGGGCUCCGUCCGGGGCUUCUUGCCGUCCGCCGCACCGCCGCCGAUCCCCGCCGGCGGCACGACCACCUCCGCCUCGGACCUGCGGGACGUCGCCACCGUGAAUGCGUCGGCGGCGGGAACGCUGGAAAGCAGCGUCGACUUGGAGUCUGCCAAGUCCACGCUCUUUGCCAGCAAGAGGUCUUACUCCCCGACGGCGAUCCUGUCACCGACCGGUCUCUUGAUGCAAGUGUACGUGGAGGAGACCGAGGAUGCGCCCGCCUCACCAGUCAGCGGCUCCGAGGGUCAGCCGAGCGGUGGCCGAGAAAAAUCGCCGGAGCCGAACGCCGGACCUUCUUCGGAGAAGACCGCCGAAGAGAUCAACCUGCAGUGGACGCCCCCAUCUCAACGCAAGAGGCGGCAAGACAGGUCCGGCAUCGAGUACAUUCGGAAGCGGUUCCUGUGGGACGUCGAGAUGCGCCAGAAGGAGCUCGCCCUGGAAGCCCGGCGCCUGGCACUGGACGCCCGGAGGCUCGAGCUGGAGGAGAAGCGAUUCAAGUUCGAAGAGCGCAGACUCGCCGACGAGAUCCAGCUUCGGGCCCAGGAGAGGCGAGAGCGCGAAGAAGAGAAGCACACCCGACUCGAACAGAUGCGCCUGCUGCUCGAGCAGCAGGAGAUCAACAUACAGCUCUUAAUUAAAGAAACCAACAAGUGACUA